ACUGGCAAGAGCCUCAUGCAACAUCACAGUGAAUCGGCGUAGUCCGCAUAUAUAUAUAUAUAUAUUCAUAUUCUCCCACAUCCUCUCACAUCCUUUCAUCCAUCUCCAGGAUGAUCACAGAGAAGAGUGAGAAGGCAGGUUUCUGUCAGCCUGCUAAUGAGAUACUUCCCCACCCUUCAGGUCUAGCUCAGGCCAGGAGGCAUCCAGGGCGGACUGUUCCCCGCAAGUUCCUGGUUCUUGCGAGUUUCGGAUUUAUCUUUUUCUUACUCUUCAAGGCCCACUCUACCUCCUGCUUCGUUGGUUUGAAGAAAGGCUGGCAAGCAUACCAUGGCAAGAAGUAUUCUGAAUCCUAUGAUAGUUAUAUAAAGCGUAUCGAGGAGGGCUAUCUCGCCGUUCCAUCCGCAGAGUCUGCGCUUGCAGCUUCACGUGACUACGCUACACACCCACAUUUGGCUGGCGCAGUGGAAGACUUCCAGGAUGCAAAGGACAUCCUUGCGCUCUUCCAAUCCGAGUUUGGUAUCCCUACACCUGCUACCGAGCCCAUCUACCCGGCAGGCUCCUCCGAGUCCCGCGAGGCAACGCUCAGUACAACCUCCAAGCUCAGCAAACCUGCCGCAUGGGUCGAUAUCUAUUACCCUGUCAUGAACACAGGGAAUGCAGACGGCAUGGCCGUGGAACUGCUCGGUGAGAGUGACCGGCCUAUCUGGAAAGCCGACCUGCUAGAGGAUGGUGAUCCUCGUGACGAGACCGCUGCCAAGUACAAGAAUUCAGUUCCACCCUUCCACGGUUUCAGCGCUGCUGGAGAGGCUAUCGGCCAACUGGUGUACGCAAACUACGGCACCCAUGACGACUAUGAAAAGCUCGUUGGCGCUGGAGUUGAUCUCACAGGCAAGAUCAUCUUGGCUCGCUAUGGUGCAAAUUUCCGUGGUCUUAAGGUGCAAGGCGCAGCAGCACGCGGGGCAGCUGGUGUCCUGAUUUUCUCUGACCCUCGAGACGAUGGCAGUGUCACUGUGGAGAACGGGUAUGAACCGUAUCCCGCCGGCCCCGCCAGAAAUCCCACAUCCAUUCAACGCGGCUCGGUUAUGUACCUCUCUAUCUACGCAGGUGACCCCACCACCCCAGGCUACCCUGCAUAUGAGAAUGCAACUCGUAUCGAGGCAACCAAUAUUCCAAAUAUUCCAAGCUUGCCACUUUCCUGGGCUAACGCCAAACUUCUUUUUGAGGAGGAGCUCGGCGGUGUCCUUGAGGGCACCAAGUUGAACGGGAGAGUUGGAAGCAGAAAAGUCAGGAUGGUUAAUGAUGUGGAAGCCAAGGUCACACCUAUCUGGAACACCAUGGUUGCAAUUCCUGGCCACAUCAAAGACGAAGUCGUCCUCCUUGGGUGCCACCGUGACGCUUGGGUUAUGGGCGCUGCGGAUCCCACAUCCGGUACUGUCUCUCUCCACGAAGUUGUUCGGGGACUUGGUGCACUUUACAAGCGAGGAUGGAAACCACUGCGUACUGUUGUCAUUGCUAGCUGGGAUGCUGAGGAGUACGGUCUCAUCGGAAGCACUGAGUGGGGUGAGGAUUUUGCCGACUGGAUCCAGGAGCAUGUAGUCUCCUACGUCAACGUCGACGUAUCGGUUUCUGGUUCUCGCUGGCAUACUUCUGCUUCCCCUUCUCUCGCCCACCUUAUCCAGCGUUCCGCCCAAGACGUCCCUCACCCUACGGAUGCCCAAAAGACCCUGUGGGAUGCUCAUUUUGAUGUUGGUCCUUACGAGGGCCCCAUAAAUGCCGAAUUUGCUAGCAUGUGGGACAAAAAGACCUCGAACGAACCACGAAUUGGCCCACUCGGAUCGGGAAGUGAUUACACAGUCUUCCUGCAGAGACUUGGUGUUGCCAGCUCUGACCAAGGCUUCGGUAAUACUCCGACAGAUGCGCCAUACCACUACCACUCUAUCUAUGACUCGCAGAUGUGGCAAGAGGUGUACGCAGACCCUGGUUUCCACAAGCAUGUUGCUGUCGCGCAGAAUUUGGGUCUGUUGACAUUGCGUCUCGCAGAUUCCAUAAUCCUCCCUCUGAACACCACUCAGUACGCACUUGAGCUUGAUUCCUACGUCGAUACCGUCGUCGAGUCUACUUACCGUGAAGAGAUUCUUCCGGAUCUACUUCCUCUCAGGAAGGCCAUUGCAAAGCUGCAGGAUGCAAGCGCUAAGCUUGACGAGGAGAAAGUUGCUGCCGAGAAGGCUUUCCGUAAGGCGUUGAAGAAUAUCAGACGUGUUCGCAAUCCCCGCGUUGUUCGGCGGAUCAUCCGAUGGAUCAAGGAGCAUCUCGGUAUCGGUGCACAGGAAGUUCAAGACUUGAGGUUUGGCGCACUCAAAUGGAUGUCGUCUGUAACAGAGUCAAGGCCCUCUGAAACGGAUAUCUGCAAGUCGCGUAGCAAGGGCCCGCUAUGUGAUUUCAUACAGGCAGCUAGGAGGGUUAGAGCCGCCAAUCAAAAACUCACAGCGUUCGAACGUGGAUUUAUUUCUGAGGACGGCAUUAAAGAUAGAGAAUGGUAUAGGCAUUUGGGUGUUGCUCCCGGGAAACACCUUGGGUAUGCACCGACGACGCUGCCGGGCCUAACGGAAGCUAUUGUCUUUGACGAGGAUCGCAGGCUCGCCGAGUAUGAGGCUGCUCGACUGACCACACUCAUUGAAAACCUCGCAAACUUCAUUGAGGUCUAACGCACAGGAGUCGUUGUAUUCUACCGCGUGUAGGCUUACAGGCCAGCAAAUAUGAAGCUCAAUAUGACCUGCUUUCUUAAAACUAUUCUGCAUCAGCCGGUCUGGUGAAUUCGAGUGAAAUGGUAGCCGGCUACCGAAGAUCA